GAGCAUUUCUGAGUGACAUGAAUAUUGGACAAUAAACACAUUAAAUAUAUUUAACACACGUUAGUGUGAUAUUUACUACACUGUUUGUAUUAUUAGCUUUGAAGUAUGUUGUUUUUUGAAAAGUGUCAGUCAAUGCCAGAAGCUUAAUCAACUAAAAGACAUUUUUUACAGAAGAAUCCAACCUUUCUUAUUUGUCUGAUAUUUAUCAAUUUCAUCAGUGUCAUAGUAACAUGUAUGCAUUUAAACUUACAAGAAGUGCAAGAAAAUACAACUUGGAAUUCAUUAUAUAACAGUUAAUAAUAAAUUAUUUAUCUAGCACCAAGUCCAAUUUAAGUUACAAAGUGCUUCACAUGGCAGCAAAAUAGGCAGACAAAAAGUCAUAAAUAGAAAUAAAACACAACAUGGUGUAAAUAACAGCACUGUUAACAGUUAAAACAUUAGUGUAGGAAAUAUAAAACAGUUCAAAGGAAAUUAAAAUUCUAGUAAAAUCAGGAAACACUCUCAGACAAGAGUAUGUUUUAAGAAGAGACUUAAGAAGAGAUCACUGUCUCUGCCAACCUUAUUUCCUUGAUCAUUCCAGAGCCUUGGGGCCCCGACUGCAAAUACUCUGUCCCCUCUAGUUUUCAGUCAGGCCCAAAAGACCUCCACCCAAAAGAUCUCAAGGCCCCUUUUCGACCAAGCAGUGCUGGUUCGGAGCCAGUGCCUGACUUAGCACCAGUUCUUUGUGUUUCCACCAACUAAGCACCGGCUCCCGGCUUCAAAAACUCCUGCUUUUCAGGCACCAACUCUUUGCUGGACCAGAGUUAAGAACUGAGUACGUCAUGGGCUGGGAGGCGCAGGGUUACGGUGACCAAUGCUCAACAACACAGAACCGCCAUUUUUAAACAGCAAAGUGAGUAGUAGUAGUAGUACUAGUGUUUAGUGUUAAUGUUUUGAAAACCGGUUAAUAUGGACACCAAAUCCAAGCAGCAGUGGUCUGAGGAGGAGACCCAGUGCUUGCCGACACUGUGGUCUUCAUAUGAAAUUCAGUUGAAGUCAGAGGGAGCCUCUCAGAACGAUCCAGUGGGAGAUGGCUGCAGCUGGGUACGAGCAGACCCUCGACUGACUUCUCAGUAAACUUAAAAAGCUCAAAAAUGACAACACGGACCGGAAAAGGGAGCUGGAAUGGAGCAGUGGUCGGCCCAAAAAGAGUCCCCAAGGGGUAAAACUGCAAACUGGUGCAUAUAAUGCUAAAAGGUUGGAUAUAUAACUAGGAGAGAGACCAUGAAGUGACUUAAAAUUAAUUAGUAUAAGUUUAAAUUCUAUCUUAAAACAUACUGAAAGCCAUUGUAAAGAGGCUAAAACAGUAAUAAUAGAAAUAGAAGCGUGCAAAAUGAUCUAUGUGUCUUUAAAAGGCAAAAUAGUUUGUAUUUUGGAAAUAUUGAGUGCUGCUUAAAACUUAGAUUACUGUUGAAGCAGAUUCUGAGAUUCCUUACGACAGGCUUAUCGAGAUCUAAAGAGAACCAGCUGAUGUUAGAAUCUGUCUGGCUAUGUGCUGCAAUCCAAUAGUGAGAAUGUGUGUUUUGUUUGAAUUUAGCUGAAGGAACUUAUUUGACAUCCAUUAAGAGAACUCAGCAUACUGGGCUCUGAGGAUCUAACAGACAGACAGUUAAGAGGACCGGUUACUCUAUUAUUUAAGCACUUUUACUGCAUGUUUGCUGUUUUUCCAGGUGUUUGAUGGGAAGUUGAUCCGUUUCAUCUGUGUGUGUUCAGUGGACAAACAAGGCUAGAUUCUCCCAGUAAAGAAGAGCUACAUCUUCUGGGAAUUUCAGUGAGGUCUUAUUUUUCUACUCCACUGACCUGCUACUCAUCCUAUAAAGUCUGUAUUUUGGAUCCAUUGAGUCUUGUUCAGAGUUUGGAAGUCAUUUUGCGUUGUCUUUCUGGAGACAUAUGGAUCCUGCAGCUGUUUGAUGCUGCAGGUAUUCGAUGAACUCAAAACAGCUGGAAGCAACAGUCUAAACGGCUGUUCUGUUGUCAGUGCAAGCUCAUGCCAGUGAUGGACUACAGCCGGACGGGCGCUAACCUUAGCUGGCAUUCACAAAACAGCAUUCCUCUUUACUGAGACCAGCUCCACAGAAUGCUGAGUCCUAUUGUCCCCUAUAGCCUGUUAAAGAUGCACUGGAACCCAGAGCAUGCCCAGCCCCUCAGCCAGUGGCCUGAGCAGCACCUGGACGUCUCCUCCACCACCUCCUCUCCGGCCCACAAGUCAGAAUUCUACUCCGGACGCGGCCGCGGCUCCUACAACUACGCCUGGGCCAAUGACGACAUCUCCGCCCUCACCGCCUCCAACUUGUUGAAGCGCUAUGCUGAGAAGUACGCAGGUGUGCUGGACUCACCGUACGACCGGCCUCCUGCUGUGGGCACUUACCCAGAGCCGGGGGCCUUUGGAGGCCUCAACGGCCAGAAGACUGAGCUGGAACCUUGGCCACUAACGCACAGUACUGACGCCUCCUAUCCCCUGGUGCCCCCUGGAGGCCACGACAGCCUCCCGGGCUCCAAGACUGUUCCCACAUCCACAGGCCCUCCGGGGGUUAGCACCGUGUCAGUGGUGAACAGUAACCUCUCAGACUCUGGCUACAGUGGCAGCAGCUCCUGCAGUGGUUCCAGCGAAUACCCCUCGAGCUACAAUGGCACCUAUCUCUCCUCAGGGUUCUGUCCGCAACCCAGUGCAGCACUUCCCCCUGCCUCCCUCCACACUCUCCAGUCCACCCCUACUCUAGUUCCCAGCUACAGCCCUACCACACCAGUAUAUAACUACCCCCCAAGCACGUACCCUCCCCAGACCAGCCUCGCUCCCAGCUACAGCCACCCCUCUGCAACUUACCUGCCCUCAGGUCUACCAGCCCCUACUCCCGUUCCCACCAGACCCACGGUGGUAGGAGGCAGCUACAGUUACCAGAGCACCAACCUCGGUACGUCUGAGUCUGGAGGCACAUUAAAAAGAAAAGCGUUUGAGAUGAGUGUGGAAGAGGAUGAAAGCGGGGACAGGUCUCGGUACAGAAAAUAUAGCUAUGAGCCCUUAAAGGCUGGGGGAAACUCACCCUAUAGCAUGAAUGACAAGACAGAGUGCAGAGGAAAUGGCUACAGCAGUUCAGGCAGCACAGACCCCCAAACCUUUAAAUCCAGCAAACCCUCCUCCCAGCCCCUGGUGUCUCCUCAGUUUGGGGCAGCAGGGGAGUACAGCCCUCCAGCAGGCAUGACAGGGGAGAAUGGGGUGGCGAAGCAGGGCUUCACCCAGCAGCAGCAGCACCGCUCCCAGGCCCUCAAACGCCCUCCAUUAGGUUCUUCAACUGUUGAGACUAUGAAGAGCCCAGACCCGCGACUGUUGGACCUUGUCAAUGGGGAGUUAUUAGACUGCAGCCCUGCACUGGGCUGGGGCGAGCUGGCUGGGCUCACCCAUGUCAAGGCUGCCCUGGAGGAGGACCUGCUGUGGCCCGUGUUGAGGCCCAGUCCAGUGAUGCGGCCACCAAGAACCGUCCUGCUGUUUGGCCCCAGGGGAGGGGGUAAGACGACACUUACUCGUUCAUUGGCCUCUCAGCUGGGGGCUUCCUUCUACCGCUUGAGUGGAGCCAUGCUGGCCUCUAAAGGGAAGCCAGAGGCAGAGCACAUUCUGGGGUCUCUGUUGCAGGUGGCGGCGGCACGGCAGCCCUCAGUGGUGCUGCUGAGUCAGGUGGAGGCCAUGGAGGAGGAGGGGCUGAGUCAGAUACUGCUGACCACCCUGGAGAAGGCCCAGGUGGGGACCACAGGUCUGGUGAUUUUAGCAUGUGCUACCGGAAGGCCAGACCUGCUGCAAGAAGCCGUUCAUCGGAGCUUUGCCAAGCGGUAUCACGUCGGCCUACCAGAUGUGGGGAUGCGCAGGCAGGUGCUGCUGCAGGCGCUGUCGCCUCAAGGCUGCAGCCUGAGCGAGAGGGAGUUGGGCGCCGUGCUGCAGCGUACAGAGGGCUUCUCAGUGUGGGAGCUGCUGCAGCUCGGCCAGCAGGCACUCUCCUCAGCGUCCUCCCCAACUGGAGCCAUGCACGGUCUCACCCCAUCCUCCAAACCCCCAGACUUCACAGACUUCGAGAAUGCCUUCUGCAAGGUGCGGCCACACACCACCACAAAAGAACUGGACACUUGUAUAGAGUGGAGCAAGAUGUAUAGCCACUGAGAAGGCAGCCAGUCUCUGCACUCGGACUGCACUGCGACCCUGUCUUUGCUUUGACUUAGCAAGCCUUGGGAAUGUUUUGUUGUUGUUUUGUAAUUACAGAUUAUGCAGCCAAAAGAGCCAGAGAAGCUCGACAGUACAGGAGAGCUGACAAAGUUGUUUCACUGGCGGAAACAUGCAAGGGUGUGCUGUUUUUGUUUUGCUAUGAAUACCUGCAAUAUUUUAUUUUUCCCAAAGAGAAGAAAGAUGAAUUGGCCUUGUGAGUGGGUUAGCGUAUUAGUCGUUUGGCCAAUGGGAAAAUCAGAUAUUAGCUAUUUGGAUGCUCUCAGAGAUCCUGAUUAGCCUUGGUCCAGGACAAAAUCAAUUAUUUGUUGCUAGAUGACGUGGUCCAAGAUUAUCGAUAAUCAGGGUUUGGAAAAUCCCCCCUUUGGCUGCUACUCUCAGGAUCCUAUUUAUUACCAGUCCACUUCCAUGUUAUCCUAAUGUUGAUUUAGUCAUUGAAUUGUCAUUAAUCAUUCAGUACAAAGGGCUUGGGAUCAGCAACAUUUCAGCCAGACACCGUUUUUGACCAAAAACUCGUUAAACCAAAUACAUAAUCAGCAGUACUGUUAAAUUUCUCAAAAAAGGACUGGACCUCCAAAUCACAAAAAUAAUAUUCUUAAUAGCUUGUAACCAAAUCAUAACGCAACAGCUUCUCCUUACUAUUCUGAAGAAAAGUGUAUAAAAUUCUAACCUGCUCUGCCCAUCAGAUGAGCUGUUUAAAUGAAAUCUUGCUGUUACGCUCAACACGUUUGGUUGUAGAAAUACAUAUUUAACUCACCUGUGGCGCUAUGUUCACACUUAACACGGUACAAUUCACUGUCAAGUUACUUUAUUAUUAAUCGUAUUCCACAUCGACUGCAGUUUUCCUGAGAAUCCCACGUUCAGAUCGACUCAUACCCACUUUGUACAUCCAGCUUCUCCUACAGCAUGUCUGUUUUUCUAUUUCACGUACUCCUUUUGUUUUCAUAGUGUGUAGUCUUGUUUGAAAUGCUCAGGAAGAAUUUCUUUACCUCAGAAAUUUGAAAUAAAGAAUGUAUGUAAUCUUAGGGUCUUAGUAGAGAGUGGCGAGAUAACGGAGCGAGGAGAAACCUGACAGUCUCGUAAUACCCACUGCAGCUGGGCUUUUACCUCGGGAGAGAAACUUGAAUAUGCUACAAAGAGUAACAUUGAAUGUAAUUCAGGUAUUUCAAAGGAUAUUUGAUGCCAUAAAUCCAUGUAUUAUUAUAUAUGAAUAUAUAAAUACCUUUUUUUCUGUUCUUUUAUCCUUUAUUUUUAUUGUAGUUCAUGGUGGAGUGAUGAUUGUCUUCAAGAAAAAUGCUAUGUAGAAUACAGAAAAUAUUCCUUUUUUGUUGGACAAACUGCUCUGUGUUAUCUAGUGUUUACAUAUCCUGCAUAUGCAUGUCUGCUCUUUUUAAAAAUGUAAAUACAACAAUCGUACACUCACGGUGAACAUUUGAGCACAAAAUACCAUCCAAAAAAAAAAAACAACACAGAUAAAAAAAGAAAAGAAGUUUUAAAAAGUUGUAGCUUUCAAGAAAUCCCAAAGUCUAAUGAUUCACAGCUGAUGUGUACAUAUUGUGGAUGAACCCAACAUGUAGACAAUCCAGAAAAAAACAAGCAAAAAAAAAAAUAAAAAAUCUCCUUUCCCAGCUGUCCCACAGUUCUGUUUUAACAAGCUGGAAAAAGUCAGUCACUGGUCUGCCGGGAGGAGAGGUCGUAUGUUUGAGACUGUUGCCAUGGUCCUGAGGAGGCAUACACAGAAUGAUGUAAUAUUUCCUACCGUCCUCUCCUCCCUCCUUCCUGCCCCUCAUCAUUCUUUUUCUCUUUUUCUCUCUCCAAUGUAAUCUCAUUAGAUUGGAUUGCCCCCUGGCCACGAGCCCUAGUGGCCAUGUGGCGUUGUAUCUUCUCCCAGCCCCUCCCUCUUCCCUCUUCCCUCUCCCCCUCAUACCGAUUCCUCCGGAGUGGAAGUGGUCUGAUUGAUGUCCGGCAAUCCUAUAUCACGCUGCAGCCUCCCCUCUCCAGCUGGUGGCUUCAGUCACGCCGUACAGCCGGAUCAAUCAGAGUGACCCCCACCGUGUAUACUGAUCACUGUCUCAGAAAAAAAAAAAAACGCAUUUGCAAAUUACAGAACAAGCCCUGCCUCCAGCGGCACGGUCGAGAAAACGCCGGCGAUUAUUCACGUGUAAUUACAGGAAUGAAAUAAGAACGAAGAGCUACAACGUUUUGAUUCCCUGUACCCUCCGCUCCUGACAGUUUGUCCAACAAAACAAGCUUUUAUUUUGUACGUUUUUUCGAUCUGUUAUCGCAGUAACUUUGUUCUCGGUUAUUGUACAUUUUCUGUAACCAUUUCUACCUCAUUUUUGCGGCAUAUUGUACAUGAAAGUAUUUAUUUCAUGUCUUUUUUGAUGUCUGUUUUAAAAAUGAUAAUAAUGUUCUUGAACUGUAAUAGUCUACCUCAGAAAAGACUGUAUUUUAAGAGAAGAGUAUCACACAAUAUUAAACAGAAUUUGUCAAUAUUG